AGUUUGACAGCGUGUUUUAUAGUGAACUUAUUAAAAUAUUUUUAAUAUUAUUGGAUUAAAAAAAAAAAAAACCAAACCACCAUGGAUAACAAAUCGGAAGAAUCUAAUUUGCCUGAGAAAACCAUUUUUAAUACAAUCGCCCAAGGUGACCUGACGGAAUUUAAGAAUAUCCUCGCUCAACAUAAGGGUAGCGUCGAUUUUUUUGACGAAAAUGGUAUGACGGCACUUCAGCACGCUGCUUAUAAGGGUAAUAAAGAAAUGGUGCAAUUGCUUCUUGAUAGGGGUGCGGACGUGAACUCCGGCAAACAUGAAUAUAAUUACACUGCUUUACAUUUUGGUGCUCUUUCUGGAAAUUCAGAGGUGUGCAAAUUGCUCUUAGAUGCUGGAGCUAAGCCGACGGCUACAAAUUCCGUUGGGCGGACCGCGUCCCAAAUGGCAGCAUUUGUUGGUAACCAUCACACGGUAGCUACUAUUAAUAACUAUAUACCAAGGAAUGAAAUCUCUUACUACGCAACGUCUCAAGGACAGCAAAUAGAACCCUACUUGCAACCAUUCUUAGUAGAACCUCUUCAUAAAUUUGUACUUGGUGUCAACAUUCAUCCUGUAAGGUUAGCAUUAAAUCUUCAACAUAUGCCUGCAUUGUUAGAAAAUGCUGAGAAAGUAAGUAAAGUUCUAGACAUGCUUUGUAAAAAAGAAAUGACAAGGGGUAGUGAUACAAACGAAGUGAUGGCAUUCAAAUAUCAUUAUCUUGCUUACAUUAUAAAAGAAUUAAACAAUAUAAGAGACAAGCAAAAACCUAGUACUGAAAGUAAAGAUGAUAAGAAACAUGAUGUUGUUGAAGUUUUCUCUAAGAAGCUGUUGAAACCUGGAAAAGAUGGAUAUUCAUUAGAUAUGAUGGAUUCAUUUCUAAAAGAUUGUGUACGUGAAUUUCCUUAUAGAGAAUGUACAACUUUCCAUCAAAUGGUAAGUUCACUGACAAGCAAGGACCCUCCGCCUGCACUAUCAGUUAUUAACUGUACAUUAAACGGUCAGAGAGGAUUUGUUGAUGCUAUUCCGUAUUGUAGCACCUGUGGUGAAGAGAAACCAGCAAAGAAGUGCUCUAAAUGUAAAACUGUUCAAUACUGUGAUAGGGAAUGUCAACGCCUUCAUUGGUUUGUACAUAAAAAAGCUUGUAACAGAGAAUUGAGUGUUCCCGUAGCUAACUCAAAACCCGUUGAUGCAGCCGAGAUCACCUCCGAACUACAGAAUCUUGUUGCCGGAUAGUUCAUAUUUAAUUCUGAAGUGAAAGCAUUGGUUAUAAAAUCUAAAGAUAAGGGCAAGGAUAGAUUAAUGAGUAUGAGCUUAGAUAUUUGGUCCCUUAAGAGCUUCCAUUUUAAAAUCACACUUGCUUUAAAAGAACAAAGUUAGAAACAUUUUCCAAUAAUCAAAAACAUAAAUUUGAUUGACAUUAUAACAAAAAAAAAUUGUUUUAGUUUUUUGUAAAAUUUGUUAUUAUUAUUAUUUUGUUUUGUUAAUAUAUUGACAUAAGAGAAGAUAUUUUAACUAACUUAAUCACACCAAGCUUAAGUAUUUAUUCACUUGCUAGAAGACAUUAAAAGUCACCAAUUCAAUAAUAUAACUGGUACAUGAUUGAAAUUGUCUACUUGCCCUUCAACAUUUUACUGGUGAGGUUAGUGUAUAGGCACAAAUUUCAUAUCGUGUUGUGUAAUUCAUAAUUUGUAUUCCACAUGCAUUUAGAAACAUUUAUAGCUUCAAUUGUUUGAGACCAUCCAUAAAGUAUGUCAUGCAUUUAAAAGUGUUUACAAUAUUGACACUGAAAGAUAUUGUACGCUUUGGAAGAGCAAUAAAUAAAUAAAUUAUAAU